GUCGCGCCGUCUCCUCACAGUGGGGUGGUCGUGUGCCGAGCGCGCCGCCUGCCACAACACGCCUCUCCCCGUCGCCCACGUCACCGACGUCACCGACGCCACCGACGUGACGAAGAAGACCACGUGACACGACAAGAGCGCCAGCGACUUACUGCAGCGCGACGCCCCACCGGCCUGUUGCGUGUUGUGUUUGUGCCGCCAUUUGACGGUGUUGUGCUUCUGCGGCCGGCAGUGCCCCGGCAGUGCCCUGGCAGUGUGGCAGUGCCUAGUGAGUGAUCUGGACGUGUGUGGACGUGCAUGCCGGACGACGCAACGACCCAGUCUCCCACCGCCCCGACUCCACCAAGGAUGACAGCGCAGCUAUGCCGGCCCGUGUAACAACCCUGGCGUGACACCUGGGCGCAGGCGGUGCCCAGGGCACAUGAAAGUGACGGCGAUGAUGUCAACAUGAGCUCGGGGGCGGAUGAAAGCUCCCAGCUGCUCGCCCGGACGCCACAUGUCACCGUCGUGUCCGGGGGCGGCGGGGGCGGGGGCGGCGCGGGGGGCGGCGCCGCGAGCAGCAGCAGCGGCGGCGGCGGGGGCGGGGCGGCCGUCGGCGAUGCCGCCGCGGGGGGCGGCGACUCCACCCCGCCGGCGUCCACCUCCACCGCCAGCCCCUACCUGGUGCGCACGCCGACCGUCACCGUGGAGGCGGCGCCCAACAGCACCACCAGCAGCAGCCCCGAGGCGGGGGCCACGCCGUCGGCGUCCGGGAGGCGCGCCUCGGUGAACCCCGCCAUGGGCCCCGCCAUGGGCAAGCCCGUGCUCAUCCGCCAGGACUGCACCACGUUCCUGCACUCGUCCGGCGGCCUGGGCUACGGCCUCGGCGGCUCGGAGGAGUCCGCCACCUCGGCCACGGGCUGCGCCGAGGACACGGCCACGCGCUCCGUGCCCGACCUGGAGCUGCACUGCCGACUCACCGGACAGGACGGGCUGAGCCAGGGCCAGGUGGUGCCCUGCCGGCCGCGGGGCUCGGUGUCGGGCGCGGCGGGCUACCACCUGCUGCCGCACUCGCGGUGCCGCGGCUGCGACGCGCGACGCGACUCGUCGGCGCUGCUGCUCCCCAUCCCGAGGUCCGUGUCCAGGGAGUCGUGCCACGGCCUGCAUGGCGGCCACCAGCACGGCCUCGGGCCGCCCGCCCUGCUGCUCACGGCCUCGCCCACGUCCUCCAGGAUCAUCCGGCAGUCGUCGCAGCCCGAGGCGCACUGCUGCUACCACGUGCCCUCCUCGGCGCCCACCUCGUCGCUGCGGCAGCUGCGCGAGCCGGGCGAAGGCAUCGCCAUGAUCGCCGCCGACUCGCUGCGCUUCAACGGCGCCAUCCGCCAGUUCAAGCAGGGGAUCCUCCUGUGCCCGCAGACACUGUCGCAGGCUCGGCGAGAGCGGCUGAGGCGCGCCUUUACCGAUGCCACCAGCGACACAGUCUCCUACGUGAAAACGCUCCGCAAACCGGUGUCGACACUGUCCAUCCCCGGCGCCAUGAAGGAGGGCGAAGGGGAGGCGGGGCUGGCGCUGGUGGGGGUCCACUCGGACUACCCUCGCUACACGGAGGAGCGAAGCCUAGGAGGAGGGCUCAUCAAGAUGCAGGGUUCUCUCGGCUCUACGGGAGCAGAGAGCGGCGGCAAGCACAAGCCCAACGUGGGGUACCGGCUGGGGCGGCGGAAGGCGUUGUUUGAAAAACGGAAGAGGAUCAGUGACUACGCUCUGGUCAUGGGCAUGUUCGGCAUCAUCAUCAUGGUCAUCGAGAACGAGCUGAGCAGCGCCGGCGUCUACACCAAGGCGUCUUCGUAUUCCACCGCCUUGAAGACCCUCAUCUCGGUGUCGACGGUGGUGCUCCUUGGCCUGAUCGUGGCGUACCACGCUCUCGAAGUCCAGCUCUUCAUGAUCGACAAUUGCGCGGACGACUGGCGGAUCGCCAUGACUUGGCAGCGCAUCACGCAGAUCACGGUGGAGCUGGUCAUUUGCGCCGUGCACCCCAUACCGGGCCAGUACUACUUCCUGUGGACCACCAAGCUGGCCAACAAGGGCGGGGACAUCGGCAGCAAGUGGGUUCCUUACGACGUAACCCUAUCGCUGCCCAUGUUCCUCCGCCUGUACCUCAUCUGCCGCGUGAUGCUGCUGCACUCCAAGCUGUUCACCGACGCCAGCUCCAGGAGCAUCGGCGCGCUGAACCGCAUCAACUUCAACACGAGGUUCGUCAUCAAGACGCUCAUGACGAUUUGUCCUGGCACGGUUCUUCUCGUGUUCAUGGUUUCGCUCUGGAUCAUCGCCAGUUGGACGCUGCGACAGUGCGAAAGAUUCCAUGACGAGGAUCACGCCAACUUGUUAAACGCCAUGUGGCUGGUAGCCAUCACCCUUCUGAGCAUAGGGUAUGGAGACAUUGUCCCGAACACGUACUGCGGCCGAGGCAUCACCCUCACUGUCGGCACCAUGGGUGCUGGGUGUACGGCGUUGCUGGUAGCUGUCGUCUCGCGCAAGCUAGAACUGACGAGGGCCGAGAAGCACGUUCACAACUUUAUGAUGGACACGCAACUCACCAAACGACUGAAAAACGCCGCCGCCAACGUUCUUCGGGAAACAUGGUUAAUCUACAAGCACACACGCUUGGUAAAGCGCGUCCACGCCGGCCGCGUACGCACCCACCAGAGGAAGUUCCUCCUCGCUAUUUAUGCCUUGCGGAAAGUUAAGAUGGACCAAAGGAAAUUGAUGGACAACGCUAAUACAAUAACAGACAUGGCCAAGACGCAGAACUCAGUUUACGAGAUUGUCUCGGACAUGAGCGGACGGCAGGAUACUCUGGAGGAGCGCAUCAACUCGAUGGAGGAGCGCCUGCAGAACAUCCAGGAGCAGAUGGACCUGCUGCCGGAGCUGCUCUCACGCUGCAUCGCUCAGCAGGCGGAGAAGGCUGAGCAAAGGCGCAACUUUUUGCACCCUGAGUCAGCCGCAGCCAUCGCUCCCCUAACACCUAGCCACGGCCCAGGCCCCCCUGGCGGCGCGUCCGGCAGCGGGGGCGGACCAAUGCCGGGGAUGGGGGGAGGCCUUGGCGGGGGCCUGGGCGGCGCGUCUCCUGGUGGGGGGACUCUUGGUUCCCAAGGCGGGUGCUCCCUCGGGGGAACGGGAUCCAACUCGAUGAGUGGUUUCACGGUCCUCAGCUCGGGACCCAGUGGUUACAUCCCCACCUCUGGGCCUCUAGGCCCUACCGGACAUUUGGGGCCCACGAUGUCUGGGCCGGGGCUUGGCCCGGGCUCUCUGGCGCUGACUCACUCCAGAAGUGUUCCUCAUUCAUCGGCUCCACACCCCUGGCCGGUGUCUCCCAUACUGCCACCUAUAAGCUCCCGAACACCCCAUUUGGUUCCCGAACCACUAAAGCCCUGGACGCUGCCAGAUGGCAACAACCCCGCAACCAGUACAAGCUGAGACCAGGCUUAAGAGCCCUUUUUUUAAUGUAAGCAGUUAAGACCAGACCUGUGAUAAAAGUCUGAUUUCAAGGCGACAAAUUACUUCAGAUGAAACCAUUAUUUAGCGAUAUUAACAAAGUUUAAAAGUGAUCUUUUUUUGUGACGAGUGUGUGAACCAACGUGGGAGACUUUGCUAUUGAAUGUUGCAUUUAUUUUGCACAUUAAGUUAAUGAAUCUUCAAUAUUUUUGUUGAAUGCGCGUGGAGAAGGGCCAUACUGGUAUUGGUUCUGACUUGGUGGGUUUUCUUAUUUGACUCGGUAUAUUUCUAUAUUGAAACUGCUCCUAUUGAAAUUAUGUUGAAAAUAUUACCUAGUUGUUUCAUUACAAUUACUUGCGCUCUGUAGGAUCGUAAGUUACCCAGGCUUUGUCAAAACUUGUGGCAGGACCCCAUUUUUACAACUUAAAUAUGACGUUCUGGAUUUCUUUUUGAAACGUGUGUGAAACACUUAAAUUUGCUUUGUGAACGAGAAUUUAGAGCAGUUUUAUUACGACUAAAUAUAAGUUGUACUUCUUAGCCAAACCAAGACACUUGUGACGAGGUUCACUUUCAGAACCAGGCUGUGCCUCUUUUCAUACUUACUUCUUUGUUGGUGACUGACAUGAAGAAAUACUUAUUUCGAAGACAUUUUUGUAUGUGUAAGUGUUUUAGAAUAAUGUGGCACUUGGGCGAACUUUUGCUCAGUAACGUUUCACUGUUCCAGUUCAAACGUUGUAGUGGGCGAUCGAGCUGUCGAAACUGGUGCUAAACCAUGUAUCUUCUAUUGAUAUCUAUCGAUUUAAAAUGUGCUAAAUGCCUGUAAGACGGAAAGAGCGUUAUUCAACUUAACUCGCAUGUGCCACAAAACGACGGCAACAAUGACAAGAGAAAUGUCAUGCUUUCUGGGCUUUAUAAAAAUUACUUUUCCACUCUCCCUAAUCAACAGUCACUUUUAAGUUACUGCGAUUCACAAGCUCAUACCACUGCCCGCAAGGAAUUAAAAGCGCAUCUAAAAUGAACGCAUUAUAUAUCCUCCAGUCUAAACAAAAAGUGAAUGUGCCUGCGUCACUUUCUAAAGAAUACUCAAGUCUAGAUGUUGUCCGUCUCGCGAAGGGCCUAAAACAACAGAAGUACUUAUAAAGACGAAGGCAUCAAAGUGAUAAACUAAACAAAUUUUUAAAAAACUAGGUUUUUUCUAUAAUUUUGUCGCGCCGAUCCUAGCUUGCGAUGCCCUCGAUUCUAAAGGUGGAGUAAACCAAUCAAGACCAAAAUAAAAUCCGUCACAUUAGAAAAGAUUCACUUGCUUUUUAGAACGCCUAGUUCAUCGACCAAGAUCGUUUUGUUUAGCUCUAUUAACUCCAUGCGAACGCGAGUUUUAGCUGCAUUCUAACUAUUUCAGCAACUUAGAAACACUGAGUUUACCCAGCUCUUGUGGAUCUUAAAUACUAUUAAAAUUAAAUUUCAUUACGUAGGAUUUAGGUUUUCUCCAAUGACAAGUGUGGUUAAAUGGAACUCGAGAGAGAAUAAAGUAUUUGAAACAUGGUGUUUGAAAUUUUUACAAAAACACUAACUGAUGACCAAGUGUAUACAAUUGACCUUCAACUUAUGUAGACUUUGCAGGAACAUUUAUACUUUUCUUUAUUUAUGAAGAUGUCGGACAGAAAAACUCAUUUGUACAUAAGAGUAUUUAUUAUAAAAAUUUGUAAAUAUUGUUGAGUAGUUUGUAAAUGAAGUUGUUUGCAUAUCAGAUAUUUUCAAAAUAUUCAUAGUUUAUUUAAAUUUGAAAAUUAAGUUUAUGCUAUCAUUUUGUGCGUAAUAGGGUGAAAACAUGCGUGAUUAUUCCAAAUAUUAGAAAUUUCUCAAUUUGUACCCCCAAAAAUUAUAACGCCCUAAGUUCUGAAAAAAACCUCUCUUAUUCGACGAUUUUGGUCCUUUAGCUUUCUUACUUCGCGUAAGACUUUAAGAACUUUGUUAAAAUUUGUCAUACAUUAAUGAAUAUUUCUUCUUUAGGAAGAAGCACGUGCCUUGAACCUGUUGACAGUUUCAGAAAUGUAUUACUUCAGGAUCUGUCUUGUUUCAUUCUUCUUUUAAAAGUUUUUAUGUCUGAAAAAGUAAAACGUGUCCAUAAAGACAAUGCUAAUUCGAUUGCGUGGGCGUUAUCACAGUUGUACAUCGAAUGAUAUGAUUUGUGAUAAGUAAAGUUUGGCCUUUUUUCUGCUCGUUUAUGGGAGGAGGCGUGGAGUUAGCUUUGAUCUCAGUUACAGUUCUUUCGCAUAAAGAUUAACUAAUUCUGUAUAAGGUCUGUUUUAGAGGAUCGAGUUAGCUUCAGUUUCUGUCUUUUUCUCUCGGUUGUUUUCGUUGCUUGUUGACUGACGCAUCUCCCGUUGCUGAAAAUAUAUAUGUAUAAUUAAAAGCCGUAAUCUAGUAUGUCACAUAGCCUCGGGUUCCUUCUGAAGUUUAGAACAAAAACUUACUGCACACUGUAUUGUGUCUCCAUUGGUACCUUUUUUACCAGUUCUGUAAAUUUAAUUUUGUUUCAGAUAUAAAUCGUGUAACAAUUCUCCAAUCCCAUUUCGAAUAGCAUCUUUUAAGGAGAAAAAAUUAUGUCGUAAACAAACCUGUACUUAGUUCAUCGUCAAUCGAAAUGCUUUCUAAUGUUUUGGACAAAUGUGUUGUUUUCCAGACAACUGUCGACAAUUUGCCUAACCGUCGGCCAAACAUUUGCUUGAACGAGUCAUCUUAUAAACUUGCCUUGACCUUUCUUUGGCUUGGCCAAAAGUACACAAAUGUGCUCAAAUGUCCCAUACGUCAAAUUAUCUUUUAAGUUGUUUGGUUGUGUGAUUAGAAAUUGGGACAUGACUGCACAGUUUCAAACCAAGUUAGAUGAUUUUUUUGUGAAUGUGUGCUUCUAUGAUGUCGAACUCCUGUUGCAUCCCGUAGGCAACAUGCUUCCUUUAUUUAAUUUUCCCCAAAACAUCAUGUGCUCAGGUAAACAUUUGUUUUCAGGAUUUGGGUGUGAAGUGCAUGGGGUUGUUAUGAUAACGUUUUAACUUACUUAAUAAAAAGGCAUGAUAAUGCCACCUUA